AUGGACCAUAAACGGCCCAGAAGUCACAGAGGUGGAAAUGCCGCCCUGAAAAACAAAGACUGCUGCAUAUUUUCACACGGUCACUUCCUGGAGUGGACUGCACAUGCAGCGUUGCCCCCGGUAACAUCAGACCUGCUCCACGACAUGGACGUGUGGAUCGUGUGGCUCAUCAUCGGGGCUGGAAAACCCAAGGCUUCGACCCGAUGCUCCAGAAACAGCGGACCGCCGAGCUUUGACCUACAGCCACAAAUGUUCCAGUGUGACCAGACGCUCAGCGACAUCCAACAGAACCUCACCAGUCCAGCUGAUUUAGAGACACUGGCAUCCAGUACUCAGAUUCUGACAUCCAGACCUGAAGAGCUGACGGCUGAAAACAUCACGACUGCGGCUCAGAUCGCCAACACACUGCUGAGCUCUCCAAACGCAACAGAGAGCGUCAGGGUGGCGGCGGUGGCAACCGUCAGCCAACUGCUGAACGCCAGCGCCCCCGACGACCCCGAGGAAAACAGCGCAACUCUGGGCCUCACGCUGACCCUGGACCAGCUCUCCCUGAGCCUGAGCUCCGAUCAGAACUCGUCCCAGUCUCAGGUGGUCCAGCCCAACCUGGUGGUCCAGUCGGCCCAGAUCCCAUCGGCGGACACUCAGGGAGUCCAGUUCACGUCUCUGACAGGGACGUCGGGUAGUUUCGUAGCCGACAGAAUUCAGCUCAACACCAACGUUUCAACCGUCACGGUGGAAAAUGGGUUCAUCGCUGACGCCCUGAUCUAUGUCCGGUUCCCGACAGUAGAUGCCAGCGUUCGCCGGACGCCGUCCAACGUCUCGCUGGGUUUCGUCCUCUACCAGAACGACCGGUUCUUCAGGUCCAGGGUCUACAGGGGGCGCCGUGCCACUGUCCGGGUCCUGUCGGCCAGCGUCAAAGGUCAGGGCCGCAGUGUGACGCCACAGCAUGUGGAGAUGCUUUUCAGACCCAUGCUGAUUGGCGGGACAGAACUUCACUCCUUCGCCUGCGUCUUCUGGAACUACAGCCUGAACGACUGGAGCACCAACGGCUGCUCCAAAGGAAACGCCUCGGACGGAGUUCUGCGAUGCUUCUGUAACCACACCACCAACUUCGCUGCUCUCUGGUCUUUUACAGAGACGUAUGAGUACGCAGAAGCUCUCAGCUGGAUUUCCAUCAUUGGACUUUCCAUUUCUAUCCUGGGUUUGGUCGUAACCAUUGUUCACCACAUCACAGAGAAUUUUCAGAAAAAAUUUGGGAAUUUCAAGAACUCCAAGAUCGCUCUGCUGUGCAUCUGCUUCAGCCUCCUCACCUUCAUCAUCACCUUCCUCUCCGGCGUCAAUAACUCCGACUCCGCCCCUCCGGUGGAGCUCGACCAACCCAACAUCAUCCCUCGCUCCGAUGAAUACGUAGAGCCGGAUCAUGGUUCGUGUACGGCAGUGGCGGCGCUUCUUCACUACUUCCUGUUGGCGACCUUCACGUGGAACGCCAUGUACGGAACUCAGCUGGUGCUGCUGAUCCGGACAAACAGCCGCGACCUGCCGCCGCGAUGGACUCCCAUGAGUCUCGCUGUUGGAUGGGGAGUCCCGGCCGUCGUCAUGGUGAUCACAUUGGGAAUUACAUACAGACUGGACGACCCUCUGGGAUACCGACAGGAGGAAUUUUGCUGGCUCUCAGGACUCAACAAGGACAAACACUUGGACUUCAGGAAACCCAUGUUUUGGGGGUUCGUCGUUCCUGUUGGUCUGGUCCUGAUCUACAACAUCGUGCUGCUAGUUCUCGUCUCCAUGACAACGUGCAAGACGAAUCCAAACCUGACCAGCACCAGACGUUCAUCUGGUUGGAAGAAGUUCCUGACCAGCUUCUCGUUGGCGGUUUUACUGGGUCUGUCGUGGACUCUGGGGUUUCUGGUCCUCACCUCGACAGGAAAGGCCAACCUGGUCUUCAGUAUCCUCUUUUGCAUCUUUACGACCACUCAGGGUUUUCAGAUCUUCAUCUUCUUCACGGCCAGAACGCCGACCUUCAGGGCCGCCCUGUCCAGAUCCUUCCAGUUUGUGUCUUCGGUCAACAACCCCCUCAACAACACCAAGUACCGUCUGAGGACGAGGACCAAGGACGACACCACCGAGUCCUACAAGGACCUGAGGGAAUCGCUAAGCAUAUGUGAAGGUUUACAAGCUGCCGGCGUCCUGUCGGUGGAACAAACCCUCCACUCAACUCUUCUACAGGAUAAUUACAACCACACAGCGACGCCGUGGAAACCACUGAAACAAACCCGGCCAAGGCCUUCGAUUAACAUCAACCCUCUGGGAAUUGGACGCCGCUCACGGCCAGAUCAUGUUGGCACGGCGACCGGCCUCACUCUCUGCUCGAACAAUCAGGUGGUGGUGGAGGGGGUGGUGGGGUUGGAGGGGGCUUUGGAUGCUGUUCUGUUUGAGCAAUCAGGUUCCUGGACCCGGCGGGAACGCCUUGGACAGCCCUGGGUGGGGGAUCCGGGGGCCAGCGCUGAUUAA